AUGGUUUCACAGGUCAUUGAGAAGGCAAUUGAAGUUGGGGCAGAUAGUAGUCAGUUCCCUAGUAAUUGGAUAUUCCAUUCCAGGGAAAAGAAGCCAGACAAGGCUUUUGUUGAUGUUGAUGAAGAUAGAUAUGUUAAGGUUGUUAAUGUUUCUGCAGGCCAAAGAAUUGAUUUUAUCACUGCUGGUGGCCGGACAACUGCAUAUGUACCUGCUCUGCAAAAGCUAAGUGGAGCUAAUGCGGUAAAUGCUGCCCAUAAAAAAGGAAAGCAAACCUCAAAGAGAAAGAAGCGCAGCAAGGAGGAGGAAGAGGAGGAGGAGGAGGACGACGGUGGUGGUGUAGCAAUUGAGGAAGAUAAUAAACUUAGUGAAACUGCCAAGUCGAAGAAUGCCCACAAGCCUAGAGGUCAAGGUAGAAAAUCAUCUAGGAAACCCAAGGAAAGCGAUGAUGAAAGUGAUGAAGCUGAGAUUGGCGAGGAAGAUGAGAAUGCAUAUGGUAAUGGCAACAAUAAGCAGAAAAAGAGAACAAGAGGGGCAGUUAAGAAAAAAGGUCCAGAAAAGGCCCUGAACAAGAAGACUCAACCAGCUAGGAACAGCCAAAAGCAAAAGAAGCGAGCCAAGUAA